UGCUUGAUUAACAAAAUCGCUGAAAUCGCGAAUGUCCUUCCGCCGCAAAAUCCGCGCUGCUGCUUCCGGAUUGUCAGACUGAGCUGUUUCCGCCGCCAUUGCGCGUCUGAGCGAUUCCCAUCCGUGCUGAGAGGGGAGAAAAAACAAUAACCAUCUGGCGGAUUGGCUUGACACGACGAAAACGCGACACUUGCAUUCUCUGUCUAAUAAAGCCAGCAGUCCUGCAUUUGAUCUGUUUUGAAUCGGGGGUGUCCGCGGAGAGGAGGUCGUCGCUCGCUAAAGCUAGGCAGAAAUUUUGCGAGGAGUCCGGCCGGGAGGAUUGAGAACAGAAAGCCCAAACCAUGGCUCAAAUCCUGCCUAUCCGCUUCCAGGAGCACCUGCAGCUCCAAAACCUGGGCAUAAACCCAGCGAACAUUGGGUUUAGCACCCUCACGAUGGAGUCGGAUAAGUUCAUCUGCAUCCGGGAGAAGGUGGGCGAACAGGCCCAGGUGGUGAUCAUCGACAUGAGCGAUCCAAAUACGCCCAUCCGCAGGCCCAUCUCUGCAGACAGUGCCAUCAUGAACCCAGCCAGCAAAGUCAUUGCUCUUAAAGGUAAGUUUGGACACUUGCAACUUUACUCAGUGGACAGAAAGGUGUCGCAGCCGAUCGAAGGCCAUGCUGCUGGAUUUGCUCAGUUUAAAAUGGAGGGAAAUGCUGAGGAAUCCACACUUUUCUGCUUUGCUGUUCGGGGACAAGCUGGAGGAAAGUUGCACAUUAUUGAGGUUGGAACACCUCCGUCAGGUAAUCAACCCUUUCCAAAGAAAGCAGUCGACGUGUUUUUCCCACCAGAGGCCCAGAACGAUUUUCCGGUUGCAAUGCAGAUAAGCGCCAAGCAUGAUGUUGUUUUUCUCAUCACCAAAUAUGGCUACAUCCACCUGUAUGACCUUGAGAUGGGCACCUGCAUCUACAUGAACAGGAUCAGUGGAGAGACCAUUUUUGUCACCGCUUCUCAUGAAGCCACAUCUGGCAUUAUUGGCGUGAACCGGAAGGGACAGGUGCUUUCUGUGUGUGUGGAGGAAGAAAACAUCAUCCCUUACAUAACUAACGUGCUGCAGAACCCUGAUCUGGCCCUCAGGAUGGCCGUCCGCAACAACUUGGCAGGUGCAGAGGAGCUCUUCGCCCGCAAAUUCAACAACCUAUUUGCUGGUGGCAACUACUCUGAAGCUGCCAAAGUGGCUGCCAAUGCACCAAAGGGCAUCCUGCGCACGUCAGACACCAUCCGUCGGUUCCAGAGUGUUCCUGCCCAGCCCGGUCAGACGUCUCCCCUGCUGCAGUACUUUGGGAUUCUGCUGGAUCAGGGCCAGCUGAACAAGUUUGAGUCAUUGGAGCUUUGCAGGCCCGUCCUGCAGCAAGGCCGCAAACAGCUCCUGGAGAAAUGGCUAAAGGAAGACAAGCUGGAGUGUUCUGAAGAGUUGGGUGAUCUGGUGAAGUCUGUGGAUCCAACUCUUGCACUUAGUGUUUAUCUAAGGGCCAACGUUCCCAACAAAGUGAUCCAGUGUUUCGCAGAGACCGGCCAGUUCCAGAAAAUUGUACUGUAUGCGAAAAAGGUUGGCUACACUCCAGACUGGAUCUUCCUGUUGAGGAACGUCAUGCGGAUCAGUCCAGAACAAGGCCUGCAGUUCUCCCAAAUGCUCGUUCAGGAUGAGGAACCUCUGGCUGACAUCACUCAGAUUGUGGAUGUGUUUAUGGAGUAUAACCUGAUCCAGCAGUGCACUUCUUUCCUGUUGGAUGCCCUGAAGAACAACCGCCCCACUGAAGGUCCUUUGCAGACUCGUCUGUUGGAGAUGAACUUGAUGCACGCCCCACAGGUGGCAGAUGCCAUCCUGGGGAACCAGAUGUUCACUCACUACGACCGGGCCCAUGUGGCUCAGCUGUGUGAGAAGGCUGGUCUUCUACAGAGAGCUCUGGAGCACUACACUGACCUGUAUGACAUCAAACGGGCCGUGGUCCACACCCAUCUGCUCAAUCCAGAGUGGCUGGUGAACUUCUUCGGCGCUCUGUCGGUGGAGGACUCUCUGGAGUGUCUGAGAGCCAUGCUUUCUGCUAACAUCAGGCAGAACCUCCAGAUCUGCGUCCAGGUGGCCUCCAAGUACCACGAGCAGCUCUCCACCCAGGCGCUAACAGAGCUCUUUGAGUCCUUCAAGAGCUUUGAGGGUUUGUUCUACUUCCUGGGAUCCAUUGUGAACUUCAGCCAGGAUCCAGAGGUUCACUUCAAAUAUAUCCAGGCUGCUUGUAAAACUGGUCAAAUCAAAGAAGUGGAGAGAAUCUGCAGAGAGAGCAACUGUUACGAUCCUGAGCGUGUAAAGAAUUUCCUCAAGGAAGCAAAACUGACUGACCAGCUGCCCCUCAUCAUUGUGUGUGACCGCUUUGACUUUGUCCAUGACCUUGUGCUCUACUUGUACCGCAACAACCUGCAGAAGUACAUCGAGAUCUAUGUUCAGAAGGUGAACCCCAGCCGUUUACCCGUGGUGAUUGGAGGGCUGCUGGACGUGGACUGCUCUGAGGACGUCAUUAAGAACCUCAUUCUGGUGGUCAGAGGCCAGUUCUCUACUGAUGAGCUUGUGGCUGAGGUGGAGAAAAGAAACAGACUGAAGCUGCUUCUGCCAUGGUUAGAGGCCCGUAUCCACGAGGGCUGUGAGGAACCUGCUACCCAUAAUGCCCUGGCUAAGAUCUACAUCGACAGCAACAACAACCCUGAGCGCUUCCUCCGAGAGAACCCCUACUAUGACAGCCGUGUGGUGGGCAAGUACUGCGAGAAGAGGGACCCCCAUCUGGCCUGUGUGGCUUAUGAGAGAGGACAGUGUGACCAAGAGCUCAUCCAUGUUUGCAAUGAGAACUCGCUCUUCAAGAGUCUGUCCCGAUACCUUGUGCGUCGUAAGGACCCCGAGCUGUGGGCUAGUGUGCUUCUGGAAAGCAACCCUUACAGGAGACCCCUAAUCGACCAGGUUGUUCAAACUGCCCUUUCUGAGACCCAGGACCCUGAGGAAGUGUCUGUUACUGUCAAAGCUUUCAUGACUGCUGACCUACCCAAUGAACUCAUUGAACUUCUGGAGAAGAUUGUUUUGGACAACUCCGUUUUCAGCGAACACAGGAACCUGCAGAACCUCCUGAUUCUGACAGCCAUCAAAGCUGACCGCACUCGUGUCAUGGAGUACAUCAACCGCCUCGACAACUAUGAUGCCCCAGACAUCGCUAACAUCGCCAUUAGCAAUGAGCUCUUCGAGGAGGCUUUUGCGAUCUUCAGGAAGUUCGAUGUGAACACGUCAGCAGUGCAGGUUCUUAUCGAGCACAUUGGAAAUCUGGACCGGGCCUAUGAGUUUGCCGAGCGCUGUAAUGAACCGGCCGUGUGGAGUCAGCUGGCUAAAGCACAGCUGCAGAAGGGGCUGGUGAAAGAGGCCAUUGACUCUUACAUCAAAGCUGACGACCCCUCGGCAUACAUGGAAGUGGGACAAGCUGCAGCCCAAAGCGGAAACUGGGAGGAUCUGGUCAAGUUUCUACAGAUGGCUCGUAAGAAGGCCCGUGAAUCGUAUGUAGAGACAGAGCUGAUCUUUGCACUGGCCAAGACUAAUCGUCUGGCUGAACUGGAGGAGUUUAUCAAUGGGCCAAACAAUGCACACAUUCAACAAGUUGGUGACCGAUGCUAUGAUGAGAAGAUGUACGACGCAGCUAAACUACUUUAUAACAAUGUAUCCAACUUUGGCCGUCUGGCCUCCACUCUGGUGCAUCUUGGCGAGUAUCAGGCUGCUGUCGAUGGGGCCCGCAAAGCCAACAGCACAAGGACCUGGAAAGAGGUUUGCUUUGCCUGUGUUGAUGGGAAGGAGUUUCGUCUGGCUCAGAUGUGUGGAUUGCAUAUUGUCGUUCAUGCUGAUGAACUUGAGGAGCUCAUCAACUACUACCAGGACCGUGGCUAUUUCGAGGAGCUGAUCACCAUGCUGGAGGCGGCGCUGGGGCUGGAGCGCGCUCACAUGGGCAUGUUCACAGAACUGGCCAUCCUCUACUCCAAAUUCAAACCACAGAAGAUGAGGGAGCACCUGGAGCUCUUCUGGUCCAGAGUCAACAUUCCCAAGGUUUUGAGGGCAGCAGAGCAGGCUCACCUGUGGGCAGAGCUAGUCUUCCUGUAUGAUAAGUAUGAGGAGUUUGACAACGCCAUCAUCACCAUGAUGAACCAUCCUUCAGAUGCCUGGAAGGAGAGCCAGUUCAAGGACAUCAUAACCAAGGUUGCUAACGUUGAGCUGUAUUACAAAGCCACCCAGUUCUACCUGGAGUUCAAACCGCUGUUACUGAACGACCUGUUGAUCGUACUGUCCCCACGUCUCGACCACACUCGUGCCGUCAACUUCUUCAGCAAGGUCAAACAAUUGUCGUUGGUGAAACCAUACCUGAGAUCUGUACAGAACCACAACAACAAGGCUGUAAAUGAGGCACUAAAUAAUCUCUUCAUCACGGAGGAGGAUUAUCAGGCUCUGCGCACAUCCAUUGAUGCCUACGAUAACUUCGACAACAUAUCUCUGGCUCAGAGCCUGGAGAAGCACGAACUCAUCGAGUUCAGGCGAAUCGCCGCCUACCUGUUCAAAGGCAACAACCGCUGGAAGCAGAGCGUGGAGCUCUGCAAGAAAGACAAACUCUACAAGGAUGCAAUGCAGUAUGCUUCAGAGUCAAAGGACACAGAGCUGGCUGAGGAGCUGCUGCAGUGGUUCUUGCAGGAAGACAAGAAAGAGUGUUUUGCUGCCUGCCUGUUCACCUGCUACGACCUGCUGAGGCCCGACGUGGUGCUGGAGACCGCGUGGAGGCACAACCUCAUGGACUUCUCCAUGCCCUACUUCAUCCAGGUCAUGAGGGAAUACCUCAGCAAGGUUGACAAGUUGGAUGCUUCAGAGUCUUUGAGGAAAGAGGAAGAACAGCUCACAGAGGCACAACCCAUUGUCUAUGGCACACCCCAGCUGAUGCUCACUGCAGGCCCCAACGUCGCAGUUCCCCCACAGCAGCCUUACGGCUACGGCUACCCCACGCCGACUGGUUACGGCCAACCCGCACAGCCAGGCUUCGGCUACGGCAUGUGAAGCCCUCCUGCCCACAGCUGUCCAUCCAUCGCUCCUUAAGUUCCUUACUAGCUUAAUUGUGGUCUACUCACAAGGUUAUAUAAAGUAAAAAAAUAAAUAAAAAAAUUGCGCGUUUUAAAUUAUUUUCCUUAAGAUGCAAUGAAGGACUUCAUUUUUAUUUGUGCUGUCAAAGAAAAUAAUCAGACCACAUUUUUGUUAUUUCACAUUCCAUAUUUAAGGCUACUUAUAUCACUAGGUUUUCUUUCUUUUUAUUUUUUUUGUGAGCUGAUUUUUUUUAAGGGGGCAUGGGUUGUGUAUGUAAGUGGAGUGUCGAGAAGAGCAAUUAACCUUAAAAUAUGUCGUGAAGCAUCUGAUUUGCACUCUGUCGUGAGAGGAAACUAAUGUAGAUUCUCUUAAUUUUGAUGUAUUGUAUGUGAAGAGCUUACACUGUCAGUCUGUUUAAUGCAUUUCAUUAUUGUAUAUUCUGAAAAAAAGGUAAACAAUAUUUGAACAUGAACGUAUACAUCCAUGGGUACAUUUAGCUAACACUAAGUAAUAAUCUGAUAUUCUACACAAAUAUGUAGCUGUAUGGAAAUUUUAAGCGCAUACAGACAUGAAUAUAGUAAAAGAUUUUAAUCCCUUAGCCUAAACCGGUUUCCCCGAUCGACCUCGUAGUUGUUAACAUCUCAUUCACUCCAUGUGUAACAGGUGACCUUUCCUUGUAUUGAAUACAGUGCUCUUUCUUGUGUGAAUCCAUUUCCAUAAAUGAGCAAGGGAUACAUUGAUUCUUCUGACUUCUGUGUUUACUCAUCCGAUUUUUUGUAUUGAGGUUUGUGUGUGCCAGGUGUCGUGCUGUUCUAGCUCACUAUUCGUAGUGUACAGAAGAAUGAAUACACAAAUGGAUACCAAUGCUUUGUCCACCUGUAAGAUUUGUGUGCGAUCUGCAGAUUCAGAAAACUGGGGAAUAAAUUCACAGGAUUGUGAUUAUUUUGGUGGCUUGAUUGUAAAUGGGCAAAGAUUAAAAUGAAACCUGUCAGUUCUCCAUCAUAUAGCUUGCCACUUU